AAGAAAGAAUUCCUCCUAGGGUUUGCCAAUUCUUCUUUCAUUUUCCAUUUCUGCAUUUAUAUAGUAAAAAACAUUUUAGCCAAAUUUGUCACAACAAAAUGAGUGCUCCAAUGGAAAUCUCCAUGGUCAACUCUGCUGAAGUCAACACCAGCGAGCAAAACGGUGACCCUUCUCCAUUGCCAUCACCCACAUUACCUGAAGAAAAAGUGCUCGUUUCAGUUGAAGUUUGCUUGAAGCCUUCAAGUACAGCUCGUAUUGAUGAUGUUAGGUUAUCCGUUGAGAGAAUGCUGGAAAAAAGGAGUAUGAGCUAUGUGGAUGGUCCAAUUCCAGUUCCGAUUGAUGAUCUCUUUCUUGCUGAAAAUGUGCUACACAUAUGUGUGUGUGACACAGAUGUCUGGCUGGAGAACCGAGAUAUCCUUCUAUUCUGGCAAGUAAAACCAGUUGUUCAUGUAUUUCAGCUUAGCGAGGAAGGACCAUGUGAAGAAUUAAGUGGGGAUGGACAGCUUUCUACAUUUAAUGAAUGGAUUCUUCCUGCAAAAGAAUUUAAUGGAAUGUGGGAAAGCUUAAUAUACGAAUCUGGUCUCAAGCAAAGAUUGUUGCGAUAUGCUGCAAGUGCUUUGCUUUUCACUGAAAAGAGAGUAAAUUCCUUCCUUGUAUCCUGGAAUCGCAUUAUUCUUCUGCAUGGACCUCCAGGAACAGGAAAGACAUCUUUAUGCAAAGCAUUAGCACAAAAACUUUCCAUACGUUUUAGCUUUAGAUACCCAAGGAGCCAAUUGGUCGAAGUCAAUGCACAUUCAUUGUUCAGUAAAUGGUUUUCUGAAAGUGGCAAGCUGGUUGCAAAGCUGUUCUCGAAGAUCGAAGAAAUGGUAGAGGAAGAAACCAAUCUGGUAUUUGUUUUGAUUGAUGAAGUUGAAAGCCUCGCCGCUGCUAGAAAAGCUGCUUUGUCUGGCUCUGAACCUUCAGAUUCUAUCAGGGUAGUGAACGCUCUGUUGACCCAGCUUGACAAGUUGAAGUCCGCGCCAAAUGUCAUAAUUCUGACUACGUCCAAUAUCACUGCUGCCAUUGAUAUAGCUUUCGUGGAUCGUGCUGACAUUAAGGCUUAUGUUGGACCACCUACGCUUCAAGCACGUUAUGAGAUACUCCGAUCAUGCUUGCAAGAGCUAUUGCGUACUGGAAUUUUGUCAAAUUCGCAGGAUGGAGGUUGCCUUGUUCUUCCAAGUUAUGCUAGUUUGAAGGAGAAGAUGAGUGAAGUAGUUUCAACUGAGUCUCAAAUGUUUCCACAUCUUGGUAAACAAUUGCUUGAAGCUGCAGAGGCCUGUGAGGGUAUGAGUGGAAGAUCACUUAGAAAGCUACCAUUCUUGGCACAUGCUGCACUUGCUAAUCCUUACAGUUGUGAACCUGGCAAAUUUUUGCAUGUAAUGAUGCAAACAGCUAAAAGAGAGCGUUCAGAGCUGUCUGAGUGAAUUUUUCCCCAUUAAUUGUUAAAAAUCCUGCUUCUGUUAGCAAGCUCAACUAUAAAGCAAACGGGGAGAGAGAUUAUCAUAUGCAUGGUUACUUGAGCCAGAAAGAAAGAAGCUCUUUGGGGAGGAGAGUUGAGAGGUUUCUGGGCAAUGUGAUAUAUUUGAAAGUUAAUGUAUUCUUGCAUGUUGUAACAUCCAUUGAGCUACGAGCUGCAUCUGCAUAUAUAAAACUUUAGCUGAUUAAUGGCAUAUGUAUAUCGUAUCCCCAUCAGAUAUUGAUUGAACAAGUCAGUCAUCGUGGGUCGAAUUAACUUUCGUUUACCAAGCAGGGUUGACGCUCUGAUUAUGUCAGCCAUUGAGCUGUAAUGAAGUUGAUAAUAGACCUCACCCCGUUUUAUUUUGGCA